AUGUCCCUGGAUGAGGGCCUGUGGAGAGGCCUUCAGGAAUGGGAAGGCAUCAGCAAUUACGAACGCAUGAGCUACUUUGAGAUGGCGGCCAAGUUCAUGGAAUUUGAGGCUACAGAGGAGAUGGAGAAUUCAAAGUUGCAGGGGAUAAUGAAUAUCCAAUGCCAGCCUCCUGCAGUUCCAUCGAAACCAGAUUCUCCAAAGCACUCAUUCCCUGACAUUCCCCUGCAGCCAGAAGGCAACUCAAGCAAGACUGGCCUCAAGGCAGUGUCUACCCAACCAUCAGCACCCACAGGCCAGAAGCCACCAGAGACCAAGGCACCUGAAGAGAUCCCACCUGAAGCCGUGGAGGAGUAUAUGGCCAUCAUGGACUGGCUGGAGGGCCUUCCAGAACUCUCCACUCACAAGUCUCAGGGAAUAUACAAAGAGGAGGGAAUGGAGCAACAGCAGAAUGCUGAUGACAUCUGCUCAGACCCAGAGCUCCUGAGCCUCAUUGACCAGCUCUGCUCCCAGGAGGAUUUCAUAUCAAAUGUGGAGGCCAUCAUUCAUCCCACAUUCCUGCAAGAAUUGCUUUCCUCCAAACCACAGCUGGAUCUCGUGGCCCUAAUUGAGGAGCUGGAAAAAGAAGAAGGACUCACCCCUGACCAGAUAGUGGAGAAACGUCUUGGGGCACCUCGAGUAGCCUCAGGUGCGUCUGAGUUUGCCAUGUGCCAAAGUGCAGCUAGAAAUGACCAGAGCCACCAACAAGUAGUCAGUGGAGAUACCAGCACUCUGCAAAUCAUUUCCAGUGAUGAUCAGAGCCAUGGUGGCACCAGUACAGAGCAGCUGAUGUCUGAUGCUGCUGUUCUCCUCCAGGGGGGUCAAGGGUCUCCUUCAGUGGGAGCCACCCUGCCCACUGCUUCUCCCCAUGGACAUGGAUCCCAUCCCCAGAAUCUGGGGUCUGGAGAUGCAGUGAAUCCCAUGGGAAAGUCUCCCGCUGGGACUCCCUGCAAGCUAGUAGGGAACAGGAGGGUGGACAAGGAAGGUGUCCCCAGCCUGACUUCCUUGUUGGGCUCUGAGUACAGUCUCCUACCCUGGGGAACAUCACAGAGCCCCAGAGCCUCCACCACUGUCCUCUGCUCUGGACACCAAGCCCUCAGGCCUUCGUUGCCCAAGAGAAGAUGCCAAAGCAUGGGUCCUCCUCCACUUGCCAAGUCCAAGAAAAGGGCUUCCAUUGGAGCCUCAUGCAUCCUGGUAAAGAAAUCCCGCCCAGGACCUUGCCUUGAGGGCUCUGCAAAGCAGGACUUGGCUUUAGGGCAGAUUCAGCCCUCAUUGCCUCAGAAGAGAAAGUGUGAGGCAUUGGAAGGUCAGAGGAAGAGGAAGAAGAAAAAGCAUUGA